GAUUUGUGACGCCUGGAUUCGCUGUCCGGCAGGAGUCAAGGAGCUAAACGUUAACGGAGCUGCGGGACUUUUAAACAGCGAACCGGGACUGCAGUGUUGUGUUAAGAAAAGCGAGACUGUCCCGGCAAAAGUGGUCUGCUGGGCGGUAUGCUUUAAAGUACAGCACCUGAUUGAUUACCCCAAACCAUCAUCAAAAUGUCUGAGAACCAGGGUAAUAUUCCUCUCAAUAAUGCUAAUGGAAACCGGGUUCGAACUCCAAACCUGAAUCAGAAUCCCCUGAUAAAUGUUCGAGAUCGUCUCUUCCAUGCAUUGUUCUUCAAGAUGGCUGUGACCUAUGCAAGACUGUUUCCCCCUUCCUUUCGUAGAAUAUUUGAGUUCUUUGUACUUCUGAAGGCCCUCCUGGUACUGUUUAUCCUUGCAUAUAUUCACAUUGCAUUCUCACGCUCACCAAUCAACUGCUUGGAGCAUGUUCGAGAGAAAUGGCCAAGGGAUGGAAUCUUGCGAGUAGAGAUUCAGCUGAACUCAAGCCGAGCACCCAUCUUUUUACAAUUUUAUGACAGUGAUACAUUUCCAGGAUUGGUGAAGGAACCAUCUGGGGAGGAAGAAGAGGAGGAGGAAGAGAUGAGUGUGGAAAUGUACCAGAAUAGCUCCAUCAAGUUUGAACUAGAUAUUGAGCCCAAAGUAUUCCUGAAGCCAUCUCUAGAGAGUGUUACACCAGCCUCUGAAAAUCAGAGCCAGACGCUGUCCUUCAGUGAUGCUGCUAGUAAAGUGUGGCCACAAGAAGAGUACAUAGUGGAGUAUUCCCUAGAAUAUGGCUUCCUGCGGCUGUCACAGAGCACAAGACAGAGGCUGAACAUCCCUGUUAUGGUGGUAACACUAGACCCAACUCGAGACCUCUGCUUUGGAGACCGAUUCAGUCGCUUUUUGCUGGAUGAGUUUCUGGGAUAUGAUGAUAUUCUCAUGUCAAGUGUGAAGGCCCUGGCAGAAAAUGAGGAAAAUAAAGGGUUCCUAAGGAAUGUGGUUUCUGGGGAACAUUAUCGAUUUGUCAGCAUGUGGAUGGCUCGUACUUCUUACCUUGCUGCGUUCGUCAUCAUGGUUAUAUUUACACUCUCAGUCUCAAUGCUCCUGCGGUAUUCUCAUCAUCAGAUCUUUGUAUUUAUUGUGGACUUGCUGCAGAUGUUAGAGAUGAAUAUGAGUAUUGCGUUUCCUGCUGCACCGUUGCUCACUGUGAUCUUGGCUCUUGUCGGGAUGGAAGCCAUCAUGUCAGAAUUUUUUAAUGAUACCACCACUGCUUUCUAUAUAAUCCUCAUUGUGUGGCUAGCUGAUCAGUAUGAUGCCAUCUGCUGCCAUACAAAUACCAGCAAGAGACACUGGCUCAGGUUCUUCUAUCUUUAUCACUUUGCAUUCUACGCUUAUCACUAUCGAUUUAAUGGACAAUACAGCAGCCUUGCCCUUGUUACAUCAUGGCUAUUCAUUCAGCACUCAAUGAUCUAUUUCUUCCAUCACUACGAGCUUCCUGCCAUCUUGCAACAGAUAAGAAUCCAAGAGAUGCUUCUUCAAAACCAGCAAGCUGGGCAAAAUCAGACCAGCCUACAGGACAAUCUCAACAAUAAUACUGCAUCAGAGCCAGCAGUAGCAGCACCUCCACAAGCUCCAGGAGAUCCCAGCCAGCAGCCAGUAGCGAGUGACUACAACACUACUGAAGGGGCUAUAAGUGGUGCGUUGCUUGAAGAGGUGACGGGAACCUCCCAGCAAGUGGUAACUGGGAUACCACCUGCUGUGUCCCUGAGAUCAGAAGAGACAGCCCAAGAAGGAAUUAACAUUGGCACUUCUACACCAGAAAUUGCUGCUGUAACACAAACUGGAGAUCCUCCCCCUGUUCAGCAUGUGUCCCACAAUUCCUGCUUAACAGAUCAGACUGAGCUUCAGGGGGGCAUAUCUCCCAUAAUAGACUGUAGUUCUCUGAGAUCCUUAGCAAUCGGUUUAGAGUCAGAGCAGAGCAAUCACACUAUAGCUGCUUCUGCAUUACAGAGUGGAGAAACCACCUCCCAGAGUGCAAAUGAUAAAGAGCACCCUGCUGUUGACUUGUAAGCAGACUUGCACCAAAAUAUUUUGCUGGUAGUCCCUUACUGCCAUGGAUAAAAUUUCCUCAGAAUUCUACGGAACAAAAUCCUGCUAAUGGAGCCAGGAGCAAAGUCACACCAGCGCAUGCAUGAGUUGGUUUAGGCUGACUCGCAUUUGCUUAACAAGAUAUUCUCAUUCACUUUGUAAUAGGAAUCUUCCUCAAUUACUAUUCACAUUUUAGCAAUAUACAAGGGUACAUGAAAUAUUCACAUUUCCAUACUCUGAAGGAAACAAAAACCAAGCCAGAUUUUUGGGAUAUGUAUGUAUAUAUGAAUUUAUACCAUGUAUACGUACAUCACACUACCAGCGAGUGCUUUCUGUAGAAUUCUAAGAAUCAAAUGUCUCUCUGGAAGGGAACAUCCCCUAGGACAGAAAUGUGUAUUAGUUAUAAAUAAAUUAAUUAUCGGAGUUGUUUUGCUGCCCAUUAUGCACAGGGUAUGGGGUACGUUAGCUCUGCACCCGCUGCAAGAAGCAAGUCUAUACUCUUGCAUAUUCUCACAUCCUGUUUAAGGGAUGUAACUCAAAUUGACACUGUGUACACAAAGAAUCUGAAAUGCACUACAAACGUUUAGGAAUGUCAGAGUGUAUUACAAAGAAAGGGCAGGAUGGUCUGUAUCACCUUAGUGGGGAGUCACCUUGGUUCAAUGCAGUCUUAAUUUAAAGAGGCAGGAGGUAUAUAUAGUGUGUAUUAAUUAUAUGUGCCUUUCUAUCUGUGGCCAUAGAGAGAGACUCUGUAUAUUGAGUGUGAAACCUUUUUAUCUUUCUUCCCCCAAUGCACUUUUUGUUCCUUAUAUGGCGGAAGAGGGGGUGCUGCCUGUAUGUAAAUGUAUACAUAUGUUUACACAAUGUAUGUAUGCAAAUCUAGAUGUUAACCAAAUGCAAUCUAUAUGAUGACAGAGCUAUAUGCCUCAAGUUUUUAAUAUAUAUUUGUGGGGGGGGGGAUGCUGGUUCCUUUCCACAUUUGCAAUUACUAUGGUCAUUAAUUAUUUUGUGCUGGGAUACAAAGAGCAAAAUGUCUGUAUGUUGCAAUAUUUAAAGGCUUAAAAGGUAAGGAUUAAUAUACGUAGAUCAGAGUAAAUCAGAGGAGAAACUUUGUUUGUCCUUGUAGCAGUGUAUGGGAUAGGCAACUGGCUUCCUUAAGGGCUGCGGCACAUCAGGGGCAUUGCAGAAUCUGCAUAUUUUUGGGAGUGGGCCUCUGGGGGCUGCUGUGGUGUACCCAUUGCAUUUAGUGGGCAGAGACCACCAGCUAUUCCACACCCUGUGUGCCACAACCUUACCACUUUGCUCCCUACAAGUCACUAAUGGGGGGAAUGUGGCUUAUCUCCUGCACUGAGCCUGUUGAUUAUGUGCAUAUACUAUAGCUUAUUUUUUAUUGUAAAUUGAGUGAAUAAUGGGGUAAAGGCAAGCAAAUUUGCUCCCACCCACCCCCUCUUCUAUUUAAUUGUACCAGAGAAGCUAUAUGAAAAGUGAUAAAUGGUGUUUGUAUAUAUGAUAAUAAAUCUAAUAUCCUAAGUAAAA